AUGGCUCUUUCGUACGAACAGACAAGGAUGGUCAAGGGCACCAUCCCAACUCUACAGGAACAUGGAGAGCACAUUGCCACCGUCUUCUACAAAACCAUGCUCAAGGAGCAUCCAGAUCUCAACAACUACUUCAAUGCCGUCAACAUGAAGAACGGCUCUCAGCCGCGCGCUCUCACCAAGCUCAUACUGGCGUAUGCUUCUAAUAUCAGCCACAUCAGCGAGCUCACACCAAAAUUCGAGCGUGUCGCCAAUAAGCAUGUCAGUCUUGGUAUCCAGCCGGACCACUAUGAGAUUGUCUGCAAGUACCUGAUGAGGGCCUUUGCUGCCGUCCUCGGUCCCAAGAUGACCCCCGAAGUACGCACCGCCUGGACCAAGGCUUACUGGAUCAUGGCCAACAUGCUGGCCAACCGAGAGCAGCAACUAUACCGCGAGUUCGAGAGCUGGAAGGGCUGGCGCCGCUUCAUCGUCGAAAAGAAGACGCGGGAGACGCCCGAGGGAGAUGUUGUCUCGUUCGAUCUCAAGCCUGUCGACGGCGUACCUCUGCCCCCUUUCCAUCCUGGGCAAUAUGUAUCACUCCGAGUUCGUGUUCCCGGAAGCGGGUAUCUGCAGAUCAGACAGUAUUCGCUCAGCGAUAGACCCAGGCCAGACCGUUAUCGCCUUACAAUCAAGAAGGUAAUGGAAAGGAAAGAGCUAUAUGACAGUAGCAGUAGUCUUGGAAGUGGAUUAUCCACUCCUUCUAGGCGAUCGCCGCCCCUCCGCAAACCCCACAGUCGAUCAUCUUCAUUCUCGACGGCCGUCGAGAGCACGACAGGUGACAGCUUUCUAGGAAUCAUGAAUUACACAACAAAGAAGCAAGGCGUUGUCUCGAGCUUGAUGAUUGAUGAGAUGCUCGAAGGUGAUGUUGUCGAGCUUAGUCACCCGGCCGGCGAUUUCUAUUUUGACACCAGAAAUGACUCUGGCUCAACGCCCGUGGUCUUGAUUUCUGCUGGCAUUGGCAUUUCCCCAAUCCUGUCCAUGCUAAACACCGUUGUGGAGGAGACGAAAGAGCGCCCCAUUACUUGGAUCCACGGCUCUAGGCAGAGCAUUGCCUUUCAGGAACACGUCGAAAAGCUGGCCAAGACGCGGCCACAAAUGCGAACGACCUUUUUCAAUACGGCCAUGGGCAAUAAGGACUUGGCCGAGUCGACAGAAAGCGGCGGCUUUGGGUACUACCUCGAGUGGUUCAACGCCGAUGAUAUGUAUUUCGGCAACAAGUCAACCCAGUACUACAUUUGCGGGCCCGAGAGGUUCAUGACCGAUAUAUCAGCCUAUCUAAUCACCAACGGUGCAACACUGCAGCAGAUCCGCUACGAGGUGCACUCGGUAGGCUCUUUUGAGCUGGAGGAAUAG